AGAACCUUUUGGAAAGUUGCUACUUUUUUAACUCUCCACCUCUUCUUCGCGAAAGGUAUCGGAUUUUUCUGUUUAUUUAUUGGUUAUUCGUUCAAUUCUUCUUCUUUUUUUCGAAUAAAUUUCCAUAUUUUUCGAUUAAAUUUCUAGGUUUCUUAUUGGAAUUUGCUGUUUUACCAUCUCUUUAAGUUUAACCAUAUUUACGCUGAAAUUCGAUCUCUCUUUUUGCCUUUUAACUCGGUUCAGAAAACAUGCCGAAGAACAAGGGAAAGGGAGGAAAGAACAGGAAGAGGGGAAAAAACGAAGCAGAUGAUGAGAAGCGUGAGCUUUUGUUCAAGGAAGAUGGGCAAGAGUAUGCCCAAGUUCUUCGCAUGCUUGGUAAUGGGCGGUGUGAAGCUAUGUGCAUUGAUGGCACCAAACGUCUUUGCCACAUCCGUGGGAAGAUGCACAAGAAGGUUUGGAUUGCAGCUGGUGAUAUAAUUCUUGUUGGGCUCCGUGACUAUCAAGAUGACAAGGCCGAUGUCAUCCUCAAAUACAUGCCUGAUGAGGCAAGGCUUCUGAAGGCAUAUGGUGAGCUUCCAGAGAACACUCGUCUCAAUGAGGGUAUUGCUGGUGGUCUGGAUGAGGAGGAUGAAGGGGCUGGUGAUGAUUACAUUGAGUUUGAAGAUGAAGAUAUUGAUAAGAUCUAAACUUUAUAGAAAAUGACUCUGGUUGGGGUUUAUUUUUAAUUUUAAAAAAGAUAAUGCCAAUGCACUGGUAUUUGAAAACCAAAAAUGAUUUGUUUUGCUCUUUAUAAGUUCGGAUAUGGUGAGUUUAUUAUAUUCUGUGUGAGGUAUUACUUGCU